UCAGCGCUUCUCGAGUAGAACGCAGAGACGAAGAGCGACGGAACGCCUGGGAGCGUUUAUGGCUGCCUUCUACACUCGGCAUCCAGUAAUUUCUUCUCGGUCUUUUUAGAGGCCGUGGAAACGAGACUGUGGCAUUAUAUAUUGCGUGGAAAUAGCCUCCGACAAAGUCGCUCUUGCGCAGUCACAGCUAACCUCCAGCUGCUAAGGAAGCAGAUUUCAACUUCGUCGCCCGUGGAUAGUUGUUUUCAAGAGAUACUCAACGGAACUACAGCUACAACCGGUGCUUGAAGAAGUCGCGGAGUUGCCGUUGAACGGAGAACUAAGUGAAUUCGAAGGGACGAGGAUUUUUCAUAACUUUUUCCUCGCCAACAUUGGAGCGUAUUGUUGUAGCGCCGCAUUACCAUCAGUUAAAUUUGGCAAGCUAGCUGGAUGCGUUAGCUGCGAGCAUAGCUGUGCAACUCGACUGCAGUCAGGAUUGUAAUCCAGGCAACUUUUAAUGAUAAUGCCUUACCUACGUUAUGCAACAGGUAGACCGUUUGCAGGCACGACAGAUGAGCAUAAACGGUUAGAUAUUUAGACGUCAAUCUGUCUUUUUUAAGUGGUUAACUUUGGGGCGCGCGGCGUUUUCGUCUUAGUUUGGAUUUUUUUUUGAGUGUAAAGCACUGAUCCGCAUCUCACAGUUGAAGCUCUUCAAAGAUGCACUUUAAGGACUCCGUCUAACCGACAUGUAGACAUGACCAUGUUGGAUCACACGGAAUAAUACGAGCCCCUAGCUCGGACAGUUGGCUCCAGAAUUUGACGCUGAUGUGAGAAAGAGGGAAGCGGAGAACCUCAAUCAUCUGAUCUACAGUAGCUCGCCUGCAACCUUCGUGAGUUUGUGCAUCAAAAUGUCCGCCGUCUCUGCAUCCGAGAAAGUGGACGGGUUUACGAGGAAGUCUGUGAGGAAGGCGCAGAAGCAGAGAAAAUCCCAGGGCUCCUCUCAGUUUCGCACUCAGAUCGCUCCGAUCGAGCUGUCCCCACUGCCGCAGCUCAAAGAUGCCCCCUCCACAGACCAGCAGGAACUGUUCUGUCAGAAACUCCAGCAGUGUUGCACGCUUUUCGACUUCCUGGACUCUGUGGGGGACCUGAAGAGCAAGGAGGUGAAGAGGGCCGCGCUGAACGAAUUGGUGGACUAUCUUUCCACCAACAGAGGUGUGCUGGUUGAGAAUGCAUACCCAGAGAUCACAAACAUGAUCACCACCAAUAUUUUCCGGGCUCUUCCACCAAGUGACAAUCCCGAUUUCGAUCCAGAGGAGGAUGAACCCACCUUAGAAGCUGCAUGGCCUCACAUCCAACUGGUCUACGAGUUUCUGCUGCGUUUCUUGGAGAAUCCAGACUUUCAGCCCAGCAUUGCAAAACGAUAUAUUGAUCAGAAAUUUGUGCUGCAGCUGCUGGAGCUGUUUGAUAGCGAGGACCCGAGGGAGCGGGACUUCCUGAAGACUAUUCUCCAUCGGAUUUACGGAAAAUUCCUGGGCUUGAGAGCCUUCAUCAGGAAGCAGAUCAACAACAUCUUCUUGAAGUUCAUUUAUGAAACCGAACACUUUAAUGGUGUGGCCGAACUGCUGGAGAUCCUCGGAAGUAUCAUCAACGGUUUCGCGUUGCCUCUGAAAGCAGAGCACAAGCAGUUCCUGAUGAAGGUGCUCAUCCCGUUGCACACAGCUAAAGCAUUGUCCCUUUUCCAUGCACAGCUGGCUUACUGUGUGGUUCAGUUCCUGGAGAAAGAUCCCACGCUUACCGAGCCGGUGAUCCGCGGCCUGUUGAAGUUCUGGCCCAAAACCUGCAGCCAAAAAGAGGUGAUGUUCCUGGGCGAAAUAGAGGAGAUCCUCGAUGUCAUCGAACCGUCGCAGUUUAAGAAGAUCCAAGAGCCAUUAUUCAAGCAGAUUGCUAAAUGUGUGUCCAACCCACAUUUUCAGGUAGCAGAGCGGGCACUGUACUUCUGGAACAACGAGUACAUCCUGAGCCUCAUUGAGGAGAACAUCGAUAAGAUCCUUCCCAUCAUGUUCAGCAGCUUGUACAAAAUCUCUAAAGAGCACUGGAACCAGACAAUCGUGGCUUUGAUCUACAACGUCCUGAAGACGCUGAUGGAGAUGAACUGCCCUCUGUUUGACGAACUGACGGCUUCCUAUAAAACACAAAAGCAGCAAGAGAUGAUGAAGGAGCAGGAGCGGGACGAGCUGUGGAAGAAACUGGAGGAGCUGCAGAUCAGCCGCACCUCCGAGGUCCAGAACAACAGCCACGGGUUGCCUGCAGCCCUUAACAACAGUAACAACAACAACAACAACAACAACAAUAAUGAACCCCAGGAGAGCAGUGGCAAUGUUGAAGCUACUGCCGUCAUCAUGGAAGACCUCCAUCAAGACGCUACCGACACAGCCUGCGAGAGCGUCUCGUUUGCCAAAUGACAGCGGAUGGCAGCUUUUUAUUCUGAAGCGCUUCAACUUUCAGGACCGUUGGAGGAGGAUUAACAAGGAUGUAACACAAAUUACACCUCAGCAGUAUAAUAAAUCUUAGUUCUACAAAGAACACCAGCAGUUCUUUGUAUAUAUAAAUAUA